AUGGAUCCUCUCAUGAGUGCGUUCAAAGCAAGAGAAAGUAAAACAUUUUACAGCCCAAUUCCACAUAAGUAUGAACAGAUGUUCAAGCCAAAAAAAUAUGAUCUAGAACACUUCGGACUGACUUUCUUCCAACGUGCAGUAUGCUUCUCUGCAUGCCUUGGGGCCGGGAUUCUUUCGUUCCUCUACAGCAUGAUCAAGAUAGUCCGCCUCUCUCCAUCUGGGUUCAUUCUUCCAUACACAAUCUCAAACUUUCUGUUCUUCAUUAUGUUUGGGUUUCUGCUUGGCUUCAGAUCCUAUCUCGAAGGCUUGUUCUCUAAGAAGAAGCGCAUCCACAGCUCAUGGUUUAUUGGCUGUACACUUCUGACCCUCUAUGUUGUCUUGAAAUACGACAGAUACCUCCUCAACUUAGUAUUCUGCUUCGUCCAAGUGACGUCGUUCAUCAUGUUCUCCUUGACCUUCAUUCCCGGAGGAACCUCGGGUAUGUCCUCCAUGGUCAAUAUGUUCUUCAAGAAAUAA